AAUAAUCAUGUCUCAGAACCCGGCCCAGCGCAUCUAUCAGUGCGAGUUUUGCUCAUUCACGGCGAAGCAGAAAAGGAAUCUGGAGGCGCACAAGUCCACACACACUGGUGAAAAACCACACUUGUGCCCGAAUUGUGAAUCCGCCUUCGCCGAUCCAUCUGCUCUCGUUCGCCAUCGCAAAGCAAAACACGGGUACGAAACGAAAGGGCGUCGUACCAGCCCGCAGAUUCCAACAGGAGACGGCGUGUUCGUUCACGAACCCCAUUUCGGUGGUCCCGCGGGACAGUCACCCUACCCAGUCCAGACUAUGCCGCAUCAGACGUACAGCACCCCAUCAUCACAGCCGGGAAACAGUGGGUACAGCACGUACCCGCCUUGCCAUAAUGCAAGUCAGCCAGCGCCCUACCCGACAGACUCCUACUACCGGCAGCAAGCUAUGCAGAAUGGUAGCAUGAUGGGGUCCGACCAAGUACAAGGCGCGAUCGGCCGCCAGGACCAUGGCACUUCCGCAGGCUACUCGUACCAGUCUCCCCAGGCUGGUAAUCCCCAGUACGACGGGUACGGCCAGCUCAUCGACUACCCCGCCUACAAUCAGGUUCCUUCUGGCUGGCCUAACACUGCUGUGUAUCCUGUGCCGCCGAACGGCUAUGACCAUCAGCAGCAGUGGCCGGACUCGUACGGGUCCACGAACAGGAACCCCUUCGCUUAA